GCCCAAAGCCGUAGCUGGCGCGAGUGGUCGCAUGUGACGCCACCUGGCUUCGAGCAGUCGAGAGGAGACUUGUGUGGGCUAUAGAGGUGGGUCUCUUGCCGCGGGCGGUGUGCCGAUAGAUUGGUGGGAGCGGAUCACAGGUCAGCCAGGGUCAGAGGUCACCCACCAGCAGCCAUGGAGGAGGACAGGUUCCAUAGGGCGGCUCGUGACGGCUACCUGGACCUCCUUCAUGAAGCCAGCAAGCGCGACUGUAACUCACAGGACGAAGAUGGCAUGACUCCGACUCUAUGGGCCGCCCACGAGGGACACCUGGAUGCCCUGAGGCUCAUCGUCGGACGCGGCGGUGAUCCGGACAAAUGUGACAACUAUGGCAACACGGCGCUUCACUGCGCCGCCGCCAAGGGGCACCUCAACUGCGUCAGCUUCUUGGUCAACUUCGGCGCCAACCUGUGGGCGCUCGACAACGACUUCCACACGUGCAAGGACCUGGCGGCAAUCCGCGGACGUGACGAAAUCCUGCGCUUCCUGGACACGGUCAUCGCCAAACAGGAGGCACUCAAUAAGAAGGUUGUUCUUUCGCUGAAGAUGAAGGCGGAGAAGGAAGCAGAGAAGAGGGUCAAGGAGUACGACAAAUUGCAGAAGAAGAUCGACAAAAAGGCCGCCAAGGAGGAGCAGCGCCUACAACGACAGCAGUCUGAGAGUGCCGGCGCGGGAGAGAAUGGGGAUUCUUCAGCGGCAACGAGCGCCCCUCCGCCAAAAGGGCCUAAAAAGCUAAUGGCAACCAUCUCCCGAGGCACGGCCGGCCUGCUCGGCAAAAAACUCCAGACACAGAGCAUGCAGCCGGUGAGCCAGGCUCCGAAUUUCUCAUCACACACGACAGCCAACCGGAACAAGAACCUGCCGGGUGGCGUCAACCGUAGGCUGCAACAGCGCAACAACAAGUUCGAGGACCGCAACUCCACGGUGUCUGGUGUUACCUAUGCCAACAAAUACGACACGAAAGACGGUGCCGGUUCCGACGAACCCAGUCGGCGUGGGAAGCUCGCGGACGUCGAGUUCGGGCGCAAAACUACCGGUGGCGACCUCUUCGACCGACCGGGCUUCGGCAGCGUCGCCUUCAGGGGUAUGAUGCCGAAUCUGAACCAGCUAGGUGACGACUCUGCACGGCCAGGGCAGGAGGACAGCAUCGGCUCUGCCGGCAGCCUCAACGGCAAGGAAAACCCCUUCGACGAACAGGACUUGCCCAGCGAUGACGAGGCUCAGGAGCCGGACCCCGAGACCUCCGCUCUCCAUCUGUUCCUGACGUCCGCCGGAAUUCCCGAGUUCAUCCCAACCUUCGUGAGGGAGCAGAUUGACCUCACCGCGCUGGAGCUACUGACCGAGGAGGACCUCAUCGAGCUGGAGGUGCCGCUGGGGCCGAGGAAGAAGCUGCAGAAGGCGCUGAGGGAGAGAAAGCAGUCACUGGAGCAACCGGGAGAGAUGGUCGAUACGCAACUCUGAGAGAAGAGAGAAUAGCGGGAGGAAGCGAGGUGGUAUAACGAGAAGAGAAGCGCGAAGAGCGGGCGAUGUAACCGCAGUUCAUGUGAUUAGGGCGUGUGGGCGAGAGUGAAGUAGGUGGCAUUAAGAAGUGCGUGGGAAAACCGGUGGGCUUACGUGGAUGUUGAUUAGGAUGUGUAUGGGGAAACCGGUGGGGAGGACGAGUGCUAGUGAAUAGUUUGGUGAUGUUCAGAAUGUGUGGUGUGUGAAAGGUGAGGGAGGCGUUGGGAUCAUUCUAUUGGAGAUGCGAUUAAUCAUGAAGGGAUGGGCAUGUGAUCUGGGAUGCCAGUAUAGGAGAAUAGGACGUAAGGCAUUCUGCUGCUGAAACUGCGAUGAGGAACGCAUGAAAUGUGAGGUAAUUGCAUUUGAUGGGAGUAUAGGCAGUCGAGGCACGGAUAGCCAUUCCAAUGUUUCAGCCACUACAAUGAUUUGUGGACCUUUAACUACUCGUUGAGUAGUGAAUGCGUGAACGAUUACCCAUAUUUAGCAGUCUGAUUAACUGGAAAAGUCAAUGGCUGGGCAUUGCACCUAUGCAUGAUCAUAACACGCCCUGUGAUAUGCUUCUGGGGCAGGCAGUUUGAUGACUGUUUGAUUUAUGUUCCUGCUUUGAUCAUGAUCGCAAGGAAAUGUAUGCAUAUUGACUGAUAAGCCUCCUGUAAUGAUGCAUGCAAUGCUGGGCUAUGCUGGAGUUACGGACCCAGCGCGGGCCCCUGGCGAAUGGAUGUGCUUACCGGAAGGCUGCUCCUUGAGUUUUACAUGUCCAAUUUUACUCUGCUUACAUGGAAGACAAUCAUACCGAUAUCAAACGUUACGCUGAUGUCAUGAAUCGAACUACAUCCUGUAACUCUAAAUGGAGUUAUUCCGAACACAUUCCUGAAUUUUCGACGCGUUUUAUUUAUAUGAGAUGUAUUGCAUUGGCAGCUAAUCAAAUGGAUGCCGCUGUACUAAUGCACCAAUCAGUAACGUAGUUACAUGUACCUACUAGAGUCAAUGUACUACUGGCGUGUUGAGACUGCGUGCGUGUAUGGGACGAGGUGCGUGCAUAGUGAACAGUGAUGGAACAUUUUGCGAGUGAGAUAGAAGGAUGCGUGGAUUAUUGUUUAAUAGUGAUUCGGUAGCGGCCAUACAUAAUCAAACUGCUAUCGCCACGCCUCCAGACGUUCGUCUCUCGAGUUGAUUGGUAGUGGCAAAUACAGUCAUGGUGUUAUCGGAA